CUCUGUGGAUGCAGGAACCGUCCAGACACUUGAACUAGAACAUAAAAUAAACACAAACAAUGACAUUAUCUGAAACGACCCGACAGAAACACAGCAUUAUCUGACUGACUAAAACCAUCCCGCGCCUUUUCUGCUCGCCGUUUGCCGCCUCAGUCCACCCCUGUGACCAGAGGCUAGGACCAUGAUGCUCAGCAGCUCAGUAGACGUACCCAGCCCAGGCGGGAUGAGUGCAGUGGCAGCCCGAAAUGUGGUCCGCAGUUCUAGCAUCAGCGGGGCCAUGUACAGCUUGGAGAAAAGCCCUAGCAGCACAGGACCCGACGGCACCAGCCUGACCGGAAACAAGAAGCGUCGCUCCAGCCUGGGAGCCAAGAUGGUGGCUAUUGUGGGUCUGUCACAGUGGAGCAAGAGCACACUGCAACUCAACCAGCAAGACGGUGGAACCAAGAAGCUGCGCAGUACCAUCCGGCGGAGCACAGAGACGGGUAUCGCAGUGGAGAUGAGGAACCGUGUCACACGGCAGGGCAGUAAGGAUUCAACAGAUGGAAGCACCAACAGCAACAGCUCUGAUGGAACAUUCAUCUUCCCCACCACUCGCCUGGGCCCUGAGAGCCAGUUCAGUGACUUUUUGGAUGGCCUUGGUCCUGCUCAGAUAGUGGGACGUCAGACGUUAGCCACACCACCAAUGGGUGAUGUUUACAUUGGUGUGGUGGACAGAGGAGGUCAGUUAGAGGUCGAGAUUACACAGGCCCGAAGUCUGACCCCUAAACCAGGCUCUAAGAACAUUCCAGCAACAUAUAUAAAGGUUUAUGUCCUGGAGAACGGGAUGUGUCUCGCUAAGAAGAAAACCAAAGUGGUGAAGAAAACCCUGGAUCCAACCUUCCAGCAGUCCCUGAUGUUUGAUGAGAGCCCGCAGGGGAAAGUGCUACAGGUGAUCGUGUGGGGUGAUUACGGCCCCAUGGACAGCAAGUGUUUCAUGGGAAUGGCUCAGAUCCUCCUGGAUGAUCUGGAUCUGUCAUCGAUGGUGGGGGGUUGGUACAAGCUCUUCCCCACCUCAUCUCUGGCAGACCCCAGCAUCGGCCCCCUGACCCGCCGCUUGUCCCAGUCCUCCCUCGAGAGUGCCACCAGCCCUUCAUGCACCUAGACCCAUACCAUCUAAAUACGCCUGUGUCGUCUAUCUCUACGUGUGUAUCUUUGUUCAAUAUACCCCGCCACCGACCCCAAAAGCAUGAAUACACACUCUGAUAGAUACAGCCAACUCGCCCCGGAGCCGAAAUGCUCCAAUUUACCGAUACAGAUUUUAAGAGUUGGAUACAAAAUCAGGCAUGAUACAUUUAAUACACACAAGCAUAGAUGGAUAUGGCUGUAACCAGCAACAUGCGGUUGUUGGGACGUCCUGAAUUAGUUAGGACUAGUUACAUACAGAUCCAUUGUCCGCCGGUCAAUAAAUGGGGCAUUUAAUAAAUCUGCUCAGAUACAUUACUGACGAUGUAGCAUUUGUGUUGGCGUCACGUCACACUAGAAGCAGAACACGUUUAAGUAGACUAGCAGAUCCAGACCCCUCGAGGGGGUCAAUCAUUUCUCUAUGCCAAACCCGAUCAAAGUUUUAUUUUUUAAAAACCAAAGCAAUUCUUAUUAUCUGUAGUGUUAUAUUAUAGAGUAUGGAUAUGUAGCAGAGUCAAUGACUUAGAUGAGAUGCAAAAAACAGUCAUGUUUAAAAAAAUAAACGAAGGUGGUCAUAUUAGCAAAAUGUAGGCGAAAUUUCGAGGGCGUCCAAUUUCCAAUGCCAAUAGUGUAGCGAUAUAUGAAGCACAGCUCUCACAGAAAUCAAACGAAGCAAUCUUUGUUGUGAAAAUAUUGGAGUGAACGCAUAGAUUCCCAUCGGAAUUGGGAUUUGCCUAGGAAAUUUCGCAGAGCAACAGUAAAUGUGACCGCACAUGUAGACUACAUACACAAUUCAACUUUUAAAGGGCAGGGCUUUACUCCACAUGUCAGGUUAUUUAUUAGAAAUGCACACGAUUCCUGUCGCAUAAAGUAGCGUAUUCUUUAUUUCUUCUUUUGGAGAGCUGAAUAAAUAAAUAUAUAGAUCGAUAUUUGUGUUCAUGUAUUUAUCGACUGCAUUCUGCACGUUAACUCGCAACCCUUGUCGAGCAAAAUAUGUAAAGUGCUAUUUUAAGCUUGCCUUUCCAAUUACGUAGACUUAUAGAUGGUAGGUUAUUUAUUUUGCUAAUGUUUUAAUCUCACUUUUUGUCUGAACAAACGCAGUCUGCACCGAGUCUGCAGAUGUAUUAAACCCUCUGAUAAGAGAAUCAACUGUCCUGUUAAACCAGCAACCCUCAUACACAGCUGCAAUGUGGGAUACGCCGAACGCUGUUCGAUGGCAAGCAAGUAAACUGUUCUUGUUGCAAAGUAGCUAAGAUUUCUGGAAAGCUGGAGCCGCAUUAGACUUAACCGCCUCAAGUAGUUUUGGGUUUCUUUCUACCAGCAUUUGGAUCCAAACUGUUAAAGGCCUUUCCCGUUUCCUGCUACACUCAGGAGGUCAACCUGGACAAAAACCACACACACAAAAAAUGAGGACUGGUGAUGGCGUAGCUCUCUCAAAGGGAUCUGGAGAACUAAAGGUAUUCUGCAAACUCCUGGACACUUUUGUUUUUGUCUUUAAACUUUGCCAUUGUGACUUUUCCUGUCCAAUCAGCAGUCUUCUUUAGCUUUGUCUCUGAAGCUGAGUGCUUCUAGAAGGCUUCUUUAGUCAAUCUUUGGGGUCACGAAGACAUGUGGAAUGAAAGCAGCACUGUAGGUAAACUAAAACUAAGUAUUCAUACUCACAUCAAGAUUUUCUGAAUAUUCCAGUGGAGAAAGGUACCUAUAUAUCAGAGUUCAUCUUGUCAAAUCAUAUCAGAUUUGUCAGACACAGAAUAAUUGCAUAUGAGUAUCAGUAGGAAACAGAUCGAGAUACCACUACUGGUCUUUUGCCAAGAUGUUUGUAUAAUUCAACCUAUUCAAAAUCUGAAUAGAAACGCACAAACUCUAAAUAAUGCUAGAUUCCAUGGCUGAUCUUUUGGAUCUGCUUUUAAAAGCAGAUUAUGAGACCAUCAGUAAAUGAUUUCAUCUGAUUUAUCAUUUUUGCAUCAACGUUUUAAGUAUUUUUGCUGUCUCUACAGCUGACUUUUCCAUCUGCAAAAGUUCAAGAUGUAUAGCACAAAAUAUCCCUCAGUGUUUAAGAAAGUGUGCCUCAUUUCAUAUUUUCAGUAUUUUACUUGUAUAUAUUUCUUUCUAUUUUUGAAUAGUUGUUACAUACACGCACUUUACACACACAUUUCAAUGCAUUUAAGAAGAUGUACAUAAUAUAUAACACUUUCUUUGCAUAGAGAGAUAUAUCCUUGAAGCUUGAGAAACAGAUUAUUGUGUGUUAGGGUGUGUUCAUACUUGGCAUCAGUGUUGGGGAAAGUUACUUUUGAAAGUAAUGCAUUACAAUAUUGAGUUACUCCUCAAAAAAGUAACUAGUUGCAUUAAUUAGUUAUAUUUUAUGAAAAGUAAUACGUUACUUUUUAGUUACUUUUACAUACCUGCCUGAGGCUUGAUCUCGUUUAG